AUGUCCAAUGCUGUGGAUGAGGAUGUACCAGUGGCAGUGCCAGUGAAGCUCUCCAAGGCUGGCACAGCCAGCACCACAGAGAAACCUGUCCUGUUAAACAACAUCGCAGAUGCUGAAGCCUUUGUCAGUGGUGCAGAGGUGGCAGUCAUCGGAUUCUUCCAGGCUGGGACGGAAGGGGCGCUCGGCGCCCGCCUGCUGACGGCCCCGGCAGAGCGAGGACGGGGGCCGGGGCCGGGGCGUGUGCGUGACCCCCGCACCCGCGGGCCGCGCAGGACGGCGGGGGCCGCUCCGGGCCGUGGUGCGCGCGGCGGGCGGCAGGUGUCGCUCUCGCACCGCCCCGGGGGCGGGCGGCGGGGUCGGGGAGUGCCCGGGGGGGCUGCGCCCGUCACCGCCCGGCCGUCACCGCCCGGCCCGUCACCGCUCGGCCCGUCACCGCCCGGCCCUUCACCGCCGGCCCGUCACCGCCCGGCCGUCACGCCCGGCCGUCACCGCCGGCCCGUCACCGCCCGGCCCGUCACGCGCCCGGCCCUCACUGCCCGGGCCCGUUUCACCGCCCGGCCCGUCACCGCCCGGCCCUUCACUGCCCUCCCUCUGCCUCCGCAGGAACCGGAGAGCGCCGAAGCGUCCCAGUUUCGCCUGACGGCCGGCCGGAUCCCGGAGGUGCCCUUCGGCCUCAGCACCAGCCCCGCCGUCCUGUCCCACUACGGCGUCUCGGCGAACACGGUCACGCUGUUCCGCAGGGCAGACAAUGACCGGAGGAAUCUGGAUAUGAACAACGAAGAUGUCGAUACUGAGAAGAUGACUCGUUUCGUUCGGUUGAAUGAGCUCCGCCUGGUGACAGAGUACAACCCUGUGACAGCAGUAGGUGUGAUGCAGAGUUCGCUCCAGUUUAACCUCCUCCUGAUCACAGACAAGAUGUCCCCAAAGCACCCUGAGCGAAUGCGCAAGUUUCGGGCAGCAGCAGAGCUCUUCAAGGGAAAGAUUCUCUUUAUCCUGUUAGACAGCAAUUUGAAGAGCAAUGAACCAGUAGUGUCAUACUUCCAGCUGAAGAAGUCCCAGCUGCCAGCUCUGGCUAUAUUCCACACACCAGAUGAUGAGCAUGAUGUGAUGACUGUGGAUGAAAUCUCCAUUGAGCAUGUGAAGGACUUCUGUAAUCGUUUCAUACAAAGAAUGAAGAAGAAAGAAGAUGAAUCUGAGAAGCCCCUCAAUGAGGAACUCUGAUUCUUUCUCAGCCAACAGGAUGACUGUGCCCAGAAUCAUCUUAUUCUGGUGUAUUAAGAGUUCACUUCACCCUGCAGCUCGACAAUUUCUGAACCAAGUUGGUCAUGUAUUCCCAUCACCAUUCUAUGUAUAUAUGUGCUGUCUAUCCUCUCCAGAAAUCUCUUAUCUCUUCUCAUUUGUUGGUUCCAGUUCACUUCUUUUCAGUACUCCAGCACCUUUGGUAUUGCCUUACGAUGUGUCCUUCCAUGCCACUCUGUUGGAGCAAAGAGUGGCGUAGCAAAAUGGCAAUAUCAGAGGUAAAGCUAGUAGUUCCCAGGGAUCUGUUUCCCUCAUUCUCUUGGCUUUUGGUGAUAUGCUGAGAUCCACUGUCAGCCUUUCCUGACACUACAAAUGGAUUGGUUGCAUGAUGUCACAUGAACUUUUCCAUUUAUUUUACUAAAUAAAGCAGAAAGUGAAUAGCCU